AUGGCCACGCCGACCCCCGACCCGCGCUCGAAUCUCCAGUCCGAGUCGCAGCCGGACCUCAUUGAGGCCACCGCCGGUGCUCCCCAGCCCCCUCCAGUUGUCGACAUCAAGCCCUUGCUUGCGCGCCUGUGGCCACGCCACCCGGAAGUCACCGCCGGCGAGAUCUCCGACGCCAUCGAGCACUUCUUCACCGACCGCAUCGACGAUGUCCAGACCGGCGCCCUGCUCAUGUGUCUGCACUUCACCGGCCUGGACGCGACCCCCAAGUCUUGUCGCAGCGGUGACUCUCACAACACCUUCAAUAUCUCUACUACGGCCUCCAUCCUCGCCUCCAGCCUCCUCCUCGUCUCCAAGCAUGGCAACCGCGCCUCCACCUCCAAGUCCGGCUCCGCCGACCUCAUCGCAAACAUGCGCUUCCCCACACCGCCGGACAUGAGCGCCGUCGAGCCAGACAAGAUAGGCCAUAUCUACAGCAAGACAAAUUACGCCUUCCUCUUCGCCCCUUCCUUCCACCCGGGCAUGCGCUUCGUCUCCCCUACGAGGAAGAAGCUGCCCUGGCGCACAAUCUUCAACCUGCUCGGGCCCCUGGCCAACCCUAUGGAUGUCCACGACAGGCCGAUGCUCGAGGCGAGGGUCAUCGGUGUCGCCAGGAAGGACCUGGGCCCAGUCUUUGCCGAGGCGCUCCGUCUCAACGGCGUGAGGAAGGCCAUGGUCGUCUGCGGGGACGAGGAGCUGGACGAGGUCAGCUGCGCCGGCCCAACCCUGUGCUGGAGGCUUUGCGAGGGCGCCGCAGCAGGCGAGGUUGAGAUCCAGCACUUCAGGCUCGCGCCCGAGGACUUUGGCCUAACUAGGCACCCACUCAACACGGUAUCGCCCGGGAAGGAGCCAGCCGAGAACGCCAAGAUCCUCAAGAGCAUACUGAAGGACGAGCUCGCUGAUAAUGAUCCCAUCCUCGAGUUCGUGCUCAUCAACACCGCCGCGCUAUUUGUGGUUUCAGGCGUGUGCGACGCGGACUCGAGCGAUUUGGGUCAUGGCGAUGAUGGCAGCGUCCUGCGGGAGGCAGGGCCUGGCGGGGGAAGAUGGAAGGAAGGGGUGAGAAGGGCACGAUGGGCCAUCAAAAGUGGCGAGGCGUGGAGGCAAUGGGAAGCAUUCGUCCAGGUCACCAACGAUCUCAACAGCGGACGGUCUUAG